AUGUCCACAGCCCUUACUCUUCCUCCUCCUCAACAACAACAGCAAGGAACCAUGGCUGAUGCAGCAGCAGCAGCAGCAGCAGCACCUGCAAGGUACAAAUCUCUUUUAAGCCGUCCUGCUCGGUUGUUUCAGAGAAGCAACAAGACAGCUCCACUGGUGGAUGCAACAUCACCCAAGCCCAUGAUGGAAGAAAAGGCGAAAAUGGCCAACAAAAAACCAAAGUCGAUGACAUUGGCUUUGCGAGAAAACUCCAUGAGCGAUGUAUUCAAGCUGUCAACGAUCAAUGGGUCCGGAGAGUAUCUUCCACCAUCACCUUGUGAGGAUAGCAAGCGAGACCAUUGGCUCGAUGUAGACCAGGAUGAACUUGCCUUUCGAUUGCCAAGCACCGAUCGUUUGACCAAAGAAAACUGCUUCUUUACCCCUUCAGCUACCAUGUAG